GGAUUUCGCACCGUUCAUCAAAAUGUUCUACAAUCAAUUUGCCACGAUUGCAGUCGUUUUUGGGUUAGUCACAUUUACGCUCAGUUUCGAUUACACCGGAGGAGAUGAGCUGUACGAGGACGAUCCGUGCAAGCUGAGUAACGGUUCCGCCGGAAUUUGCACCGUCAGCGGCAAGUGCGCCUGGUUCGUGACAAACGUGAUCCAGAAACGGCUCGUGCCGUACCGCAGCGUGGUCAGAUGCGGCUUCAACCGCAACGACGAAAUCGUCUGCUGCCCACCGACGAGCUUAGGGCCACGAAACUCCCGCAAGGCGUCGCAGGCAUGCGAACACUUUCGCGACUCGACCAAGCUGUCCUUUCUGAUCGUCGGAGGUGAGGAAGCCGAAGAGGGGGACGUUCCGUUUAUCGCUGCCCUGGGGUAUGAGUCGUCCGCCGGAGGAGCCGGGCCGGACCAGUACGAAUGGGGCUGCGGGUCGAGUUUGAUUUCGCCGAGGUUCCUGCUGACGGCGGGACAUUGCAUACGGACGGCUCGACGGCCGAUCAUUGCCCGGAUGGGCAUUUUAAACCUGGUUAAGCCCGAUUUGGACAACAUGCAGGAAUCGACGCUGAAGAGGUUCAUACCACAUCCGGACUACAAACCUCCCAGCAAGUACAACGACAUUGCGCUGAUCGAGGUGGAUCAACCGUUCAAGUACGAUGAUUACGUGAACGCGGCCUGUUUGUUCACCAGCCUGGACGAUCUUCAACCCUCGCGAUUGCUGGUGGCCUCCGGUUGGGGUCUUACGGAAGCCGAAACCCGAUCGGACGUGCUGCUCAAGGUGAACCUGACCACGGAACCGCUCAAGCAGUGUGACCAGGAAUACCGCACCGCAAUUGGCCCACAAUCGACCAAACUGGCCAACGGGGUCAUCGCGUCGCAGUACUGCACCAUCGGAUCCCGAAUCGAGACCGGGGCGGCCGCCGGCAGGAGACGGGACUCGUGCAACGGAGAUUCUGGUGGACCGCUGCACUUCCUAGACGAAGCGGUCAGUCGGUUCUUCCUGGUGGGCGUGACUUCGUUCGGGCUGGGCUGUGGUGAAACGGCCAGUAUCUACACCCGGGUGGCGGCCUACCUGGACUGGCUCGAACCGAUCGUGUGGCCGGACAGUGCCUCGCUGGUGGGGCGAUGAUGGGGAGGAGGAAGACGGGACAGUUAGGAUAAAUAAAGUAAUUUA